GCCAAAGCUAAGAAUCAAUGCUGCCGCGACUCGAGAUGCCGUCGCCGGCAAGGGCUAAGGGAGGAGGAUUUGGCAAGGACCGUCAUCGCCGCCAUCGCACGACGCGGCUGGACUACCGCAUGGAGCAGGCGGGGCUUCUCGCUAGCGAGGGCAUCCCGAACCCUGAAGACGACAGCACGCAUCACCACAGUUUGAUUCCACGCGAGUUUUACGUGGUGGAGCGGAGCAUCCUUCCGAAAGGCCCGUCGAACCAAUAUGCCUCGACCUUCAACGGCAACAUGUGGGAGACGGUAGUAUUUCCGUCCUUGGAACCCCACACGCGCGCAGAAGUGCUGCACUUGAAGGACGCGCUGGCAAAAAUGGAAGCCAGCCUCAAGCAGCGUGCUUCUUCCCACAGCGACGACGAUGAUGAAGAGCUAACUGAUCCAAGUGUAACGUACUCUGCCGCGUACUGCUCCAUGGAAUGGGAGAUCUACUCGCUAUGCUUCUCCGAGCUGAUCCGUCAACUGACGUUUGUCUGUCGCGACCAAAGCACGUUACUCCGCACGAUCCAAGGGCGACUCCAUGAUGUGUUUCAACGAGUGCUGGCAUCCAUGCGUGCCAUGGAAGUGACCAUCCAAGAACGUCACUCGGCGGCGGCGGCGUCCUCGUCGUCGACCCAACCGCAACAGCAUCGUGAGUCCGUGGCAGUCAAAUCCAACCCCACCGCCAACCUCUUGCCGGCCGAAGACAACGCCGCCAUCGACCUGGAUGACGACGAGUCCGACACGGAAGAGUUCAUUUGCUCGUUUUGCUACGAAAUGUGUCGCGACCCGAAGAAAGAGACGACGCGGCGGAGCACGUUCUUAGGCAACAUGCAUCUCAAGCGGCUGAGUGUGGACAUCGGCAGCGAUGCGAAGAAACUCAAGGCGGUGGCCAAGAUUCAGGCGAUAUAUCGAGGACACCGGUGUCGGAAGCAGCAGAUGCACGCGACGAGGAUCCUGCAGCGGAACACCGCCGCCACGCGCAUCCAGCGCAUGUUUCGAGGGUACAUGGACUGCAAGAAAGCGUCCAAUCGGCGACGGGUGCUGGCGGUGUGGAAGAAGCGGGCGCAUCAACUGUCAGCGAUCACCAACUUGCAGCGAAGUGCCCGGCGGUUCCUCAAGCGAAAUCAGACGUUCCGAGAAACCAAGCUAGCGGAUGUCGUCGGUCAGUUCAAGCUUGUGGACUCGGAAGUCGCGGAGAGGGUGCAGGAGAAAACGGCCGAAGUCGCGCGACUGAUGGCGAAUGUCCAGACGUACCACAGGCAAGUGCGCGGGAUCGAAUACUUGCUGCAUGCCGACGAGAUGGAGGGAAAACAAGCGGCGAGCAACGACACAGAUGGCGAGGGAAAGGAUGGAGCGAAGGACACGAAUAAUACAUCAGCAGCGGCGGCAGAAGACAAUGGCGCGACGAAGCACAUGCACUUGGAGAGUUUGUGUGCCAGUGUGAGCAUGGGGCUACGGUUGAUCCACGAGCGAACGGCGAACCUUCGAGCGAGGGAAGCGAAGCUCCAAGAAGAGCUUGAAGAAGCAAGGCGGCAAAUGGAGGACUUGGAGGCGCAGCAGGCUGCGCAAGCCGCCAAGCAGCCUUCGGACGAUGACGACGAUGCCGACGAUUGGCAUCUGCCCGGAGAUGUCGAUUCAAAUCAACCGGAUAACGACCAAGGGACUAUCCGGACGGCCCGCGAUUUGAUCGAUUCCAUCAAAUCCAUUCGUGCGACGCGCCACCGCCGGGGAGGCGACGUGACCUCUGCAUCAAUCUACGAGGCAGAGAUCCUUCAUGGGGCGGGUUCAGGCACUAUGCCCUCCACGAGAUCACCGUCCACGGUGCUUUCUUUGCCCCCGUCAACAGCGGACUCCAACACCCAUGCCACGGCCGCCCUGUUGAGUCGCAUUCGAGUUGACGUCGCCGUCCAGCCGCGAAUCCCUCGGCCUCUUCUGUGGCUCAAACAGCUCAUGGGAGACAUCUACGACACCCUCGGGUCCACGGAGGACGAGGUGCAACCAACGUUCCUCCACUACUGCACAUGGCUCACGCCCGCCGAGUUCCUUCACGUCCGCGACACAGUGAGUUGUCCUACUGCCAACGUGUGUGACACCGUGUACCAGCACUUCCAGUGCCAGUUUGGCCUGCCUUCGCUCGUGGACCAAGCUAUCAGCGACCUCGCCACGUCCGUGCAGUCCCAUGCAUCCACCGACGACGAUGUGCUUCUGUUCCAGUGCUUCCUCAACGGUGCCCGACCCAAGCAGGACCUCCGCUUCUUCUGCCAUCUCCGCACCAUGUGUCCUCCUUCCAUCGACUCUUCUCGCUUCCAUCGCCAUGUCCUGGACCUUCCCCAUGCCCUCAAGGUCGCCCACACUCUCUUCCGCGUCGACGAGUCCGCCCAUGCCGCCGCCGCCUACGCGUCCUUUGCAUUGCAGCUCCAGCUUCGUGUCUUACGGCCACCGUCGUUUGCUCGUCGACACAACGUUCCUACGUCGUCGACUGCAUUAACUCCAACAAAGUCUGGUCCAACGAUCGUCCCCACGGUGCCGCCGCCGCCGCCGACUGUGCCGACGCUCGUGCUGUUCACCGACUUUUUUGACCUGCUGUGUGUGCAUCAUGCCGACGCAAGGCUGACCUGCUUGCGGCACCUGUGGGUGAUGGAUCGGUUUCAAGAGAUGGAUCGAGAUGGCGACGGCGCCAUCUCGUUGGACGAGUUCGUGCGGCACCUGGCGCCGCUGCCCCAUGCGCCGACGUCGCGGGAACUCAAGCAGCUCUUCCAGCACGCCACCUCCACGACGGAAAAGUUGACACGCAUGACCUUUGGGACGUUCGAGGAGACGAUGCUGCGGCUCCUGCGGAAUAAGCAGCUCCAAGCGAGUCCGGACGACGUUGGGCGGCAUCCGGCGCUGCGCCGACAGGUUGCAGAGAGUCGGAAGCUGCUGCAUACGAUCGCGCGGCACUGGCACAUGAAGAAAGACGUGGUGGAUGCGACGGUGGACGCCAUGUUCCAUCGAACCGGGACGCAGAGAAACCUCGCCGCGUACCUUCUCGUCCUGCGUGGGGAACUCGAGGGGGUGCUCAUGGGAAGUGUCGUGGGUGUGGAGAGCUGCUUGGAAGCAUGGCACAAGUACGCCGCCAUCGUGUGCGUCUUGCUCGCGCUCAAAGCCAAGAACGACGGGUUCGAACGAGUGACGGAAGCGCAUGUUGUGGAUCUCGAGCGCGCGUGGCAUCUCCAGGACGACGUCGAAGCCAAAGUCUACCGCGGCACUACCACGACGACAGAGACGAUACCGGGUAGUCUUACAGGGCAGGGAAGGAAGGGGUCGGUGGCGUCGUCCGUCGCAUCCUUGAGUGAAGUCGUCCCACCGCCGAGUCUCGGGGGGACAGAGAAGGAGUCCAUGGUGCAGGAAGCGACACUGUCCUCGCUUCCUCGGACGGUGUCACAGGCAGCGUCCACUCGGCAGCUCGCGCCGCAUCAGUUGAUUCAGACCUCCAGUACCCGAUGGACCGGCAUGCUGUGAUUUCAGUAUUGUCGUCUGGCAUGAGCCAAAAUUUUAAUGAAAUUGGCGGUGUAGGUGAAUUAUUAUUUUCGAAUUUAAAGGAAUGUUACAAAAGGCGAGAUAAAG